CAGUGUGCUGAGACAUGUUUGUGCAGGGGAGGAGGAGAUAGGGUUGAGUAACGAAUAACGGAGAAGAGGGGGAAAAAAUACCAAAACCCAAACAAACAAGUUAUAUAGCACGCAGCACGCAGACUGGAGUUAUCUGCUGCUGGGAGCGGAUGGAUAUUUUCCAUUGGGCACGGAGCCAUUAUGGUGUUAUUACAAGGGCUUUAUGGCUGGAGGUAUUGCAACGGAGGUCUGUAAGGGCAAAGAACUGAAGACUAUCAACUGAAGCCAAAUAUCGAAUAUCAGAUAUAGAAUCCUUGACUGUUGUAAUCCCCAGACUUGAUGGAGAUAAAAAUGUCCCCCAGACGAAUGGCCUUUCUAAUAUUUUGCUUUGGGAGUGGAGUUGUGUAUUUUAACAGUCCUAUCAGGAACUCAGAAGGGAAGAGAUACAUACAAAAGAAAAAUAAUUGCGGAGACUGGACUGUUCCCUGGAUGUACCAUGACAAAAGCCAAGAAAUCACUAUAUCGAAAAAUCAAACAGAACACUGGCUGACAAAUUGGUUCAAUUGCAGUGCGCGACCAGAGGUAUCAACUUUGACUGACUGGUCUGCCCCAAUUGUAUGGGAUGGUACAUUCAAGAGAUCUGUGCUAGAAGACUAUUAUAGCAAGAGAAACGUCACGAUGGGUUUGACAGUUUUUGCCAUCAGGAAGUAUCUCGAUAAGUAUUUAAAAACCUUCUUAAUAUCUGCAGACAGUUUCUUCAUGGUUGGCCAUAAAGUGAUUUUCUACGUUAUGGUGGAUGAUCUCUCGAAAAUGCCUUUGAUAGAACUGGGACCCCUGCGGACAUCUAAAGUAUUCCAAGUUAAUAAAGAAAGCCGAUGGGAAGAUAUAAGUAUGAUCACUAAGACCAUAGGGGACCUUAUUGAAAGCCACAUCAAGUAUGAAGUAGACUUGUUUUGUAUGGACGUGGAUCAAGUUUUCCAGAGUGACUAUGGUUUGGAGACGCUUGAUGAGUCUGUAGCACAGCUCCAAGCUUGGUUUUACAAGGCAGAUAAAGAGAAAUUCACUUAUGAGAGAAAUCCCCAGUCAACAGCUUAUAUUCCGUUGAUGCAGGGGGACUAUUAUUAUCAUGCUGCUGUCUUUGGAGGUACUCCUCUUCGUGUUUUCAACCUUACCAGGGAAUGUUAUGAAGGCAUUAAAAAAGACAAAGAAAGGAACACUGAAGCAAUAUGGCAUGAUGAAAGCCACUUAAACAAAUAUUAUUUUAUAAACAAGCCUACUAAACUGUUAUCUCCGGAAUACUGCUGGGAUUACAAAAUUGGCAAAAAUAGUGAUAUAAAAAAUGUAAAGUUAUCAUGGAUGCCAAAGAAAUAUGAUGAGGUCAGAAGUAACUCCUAAUUUAUAAAGGAUCCUGGGAGAGUAGCAUUGGAAAGUCUAAUCUGCUGUAGUUCAGAGUCUGAUCAUGACAUGACCAAUAGAUGGUAGAAAAAAUAACAUUUUUUUAAAAUGUAGUUCCAUAAACUGCAAGAUAAGCCAAAAUGUAUUCCUCAUCUUUUUGAAUAAUUUACUGAUGCUGGAGAAUUAUAUGUAAAUAUAAAGUAAUUUUAGAACAUAUUGGUAGGGGAUGGAAAACACUUGACCUUGUUUAUCAUGAAAAACACAUCCAGCAGAGAUUUGGUAAAAAUCCGAUUUAAUAAAAUUAAUUUAUGCUAUCGGGCAAGGCGGAAAGGAAAAUACUGGGUAAAAAAUUUACACUGAUUAGAUCCACUGCUGCUGUCCAAGUCUUCUACACAUCUCUUCUCACUUUCAUAAAAGGAGAAGAUGCCUUUGACUCAACAGUAGAAAUCUCUUAAAAAAGCAAAGCUGUCAUACUGCUUUUGAGUUUGCAGUUAUCCAUUGUCUGCCUACAGUGUGAUUUCUCAAUGUCUCUGGAGUAUAACACUGUGUUUAGAAAGUUACAUGUUCCUCUGUUAUUUGUUAUAAUCAGAGUGGUAUGGUCUACAGUCUGAGUACAGAUCAGGGACUGAGGAGCAAUUGAGUUCUAAGUACUGAUUUGCUGUGUGGCUUUAGGCAACUUGCUUAUCCUUUCCUCCAAUUUACCCUUGUAAAAUGGGAAUAUUACAAUAUAUACCUACCUCAUAGAGAUGCUGAGGAUUAUUUGAUGUUUCAAAGGCACUAUUACAUCUCCUCUUUUGAACAAGAACAGGGCACCAAAGAGAUGGAAGAAAUGAUUGCCCUGAAUCAACCUCCAUUCAGCUAAAGGGGGAUUGAGUGGCGUGCAGUGGAGGGGAAGAGUAACCACUGUAGAGAGAUUCUUGUAGUAUGAGGUCUAAUCACAUGACUCCUAUUUAUGUUGAUCCUAAAAUGCCACCCACAACACUUUGAAAAUGUACUCCUAAGUGGCUAAACCAUCCAGAAACAGGCUACAGUCCCUGAACAUAAGAACGGCCAUACUGGGUCAGACCAAAGGUCCAUCCAGCCCAGCAUCCUGUCUACCAACAGUGGCCAAUGCUAGGUGCCCCAGAGGGAGUGAACCUAACAGGUAAUGAUCUAGUGAUCUCUCUCCUGCCAUCCAUCUCCACCCUCUGACAAACAGAGGCGAGGGACACCAUUCCUUAUUCAUCCUGGCUAACAGCCAUUAAUGGACUUAACCUCCAUGAAUUUAUCCAGUUCUCUUUUAAACCCUGUUAUAGUCCUAGCCUUCACAACCUCCUCAUGCCAGGAGUUCCACAGGUUGACUGUGCGCUGAGUGAAGAAGAACUUCCUUUUAUUUGUUUUAAACCUUCUACCCAUUAUUUUCAUUUGGUGGCCCCUAGUUCUUAUAUUAUGGGAACAAGUAAAUAACUUUUCCUUAUUCACUUUCUCCACACCACUCAUGAUUUUAUAUACCUCUAUCAUAUCCCCCCUUAGUCUCCUCUUUUCCAAGCUGAAAGUCCUAGCCUCUUUAAUCUCUCCUCAUAUGGGACCUGUUCCAAACCCCUCAUCAUUUUAGUUGCCCUUUUCUGAACCUUUUCUAAUGCCAGUAUAUCUUUUUUGAGAUGAGGGGACCACAUCUUUAUGCAGUAUUCAAGAUGUGGGCAUACCAUGGAUUUAUAUAAGGGCAAUAAGAUAUUCUCCGUUGUAUUCUCUAUCCCUUUUUUAAUGAUUCCUAACAUCCCGUUUGCUUUUUUGACUGCUGCUGCAUACUGCGUGGACGUCUUCAGAGAACCAUCUGUUUUUCUUUCAGUGAUGUUCUCAUUCUGUAGUCCAUCAGGUUACGGCACAAGCAGCUGGAUUUCUCUCUGCUUUAACAGAAUGUUUGCCUAGAACAGGCAUUCCAUAUCUGUAGCUUCCAGCAACAGAGACAUUGCUAUCAGCUCUCUGGAGAUUUCACUGAGCCUUUGUUCCAUUCCCUGGCUCCAGCAUUUCACUAAAUUGGACUCUGCAACCGAUCCUCUUCAUAUGCCAGAAGUACACCACAAGAAGUGCUGUGGGAAUCAGUGCAAAGGAUGCUGAGGCACAUUUGAAGAGGUCCAUUAGGAGCUGAACAUGAGAUCAUGGUAUGAAAAGUAACUGUUUUAGCCCUGGUCCAGAAAAUGACCAUAAGAAAGUUGAUGUGAUGACUUCAUACUACUGUAUUUUUAUAUACUAUAUUGUGAAAUUAUUUUUAUCACCAAGAAACUGUGAAAUCCUAGCAAAACUAUUAAACGGAAUACUAGAAACAUGGGAAGGAUAUAA